AUGCAGUCUGUGCCUGCUCGCUCGCUCGCCGACAUGGAAAACGAACCGACUGAGUCCGCUGUCCAGCAGGACGUUUUGGCGGAGAAUACGACAACCUUGGUCAUCUGGUCUGUUCCCUUCUCCCCUCCCCGCCUGUCCCCUUUUCACAACUUCACCCUACCCAGGUACCACCUCCUCGACUACGUCUACACCGCCUUCCGCCACCCUCAUAUGGAGAUCCCCACCGAGCCAAAAACAAUCUGGUUUGUUCCCUUCUUCUCCGCCUGUCCCCUCCUCAUGACUUUACCCUACCCAGGUACCUCGACUACAUCUACACCAUCUUCCGCCAUGCUCAUAUGGAGACUCCCACUGCUGUCUUCACCGUGCCCAGAUUCCGAGCUCAUUCGCAUUAGAUGGAGGUGGCGGCAAUCCCAUCGCCGUUUUCGCCGUGCCUACAUAUUCGACAUUUGGGCUGAGCGCGCGUUCAAGUUCUGGAUCACGGGGGUCUCUACUGCCGGCAUUCCGGAUCGUAAGGAAGAAGCAAAAUUCUCGGAGGACAACUGGGGCGCCAGCACCGUGGGCUACAUCGAUUCUAUCAACAAAUUGUCACGAAGACAAUUCGCGCAUCGAGGGGAUAGGCAUUGGCACUGUGAACAAGUGAAACGGGUCAUUUUGGUUUCUCCAUGA